CCCGCCACAUUUUCCUCGUCUUUCGAAACUCCGCGCCGCUUCCCAGGCUUCUUGAAUCGAAAAAUAAAAGCGGAAACAAAUUCCUUUGGCUCGAAGGCAGGGAAGGUGGAAGCGCCGCGGCCAGGCAUGAACGCCGCCUCUAAGCCCAUCUGCACCAUCUGCUAUGAAGACCUCAACCUCAUCGUCGAAGAAGUCCAAGCCAUCCCCAUCUGCGGCCACGUCUUCCACGAGCUCUGCAUCCAACAAUGGCUGGAAUACUGCCCGGAAGGGAAGAAGCCCACCUGUCCCGUCUGCAAGCAGUUCUGCGCCCCUCACUCCCCCAUCCGCCUCUACUUCCAGUCCACCGGCGACCCCCACAAUUUCCCUCCUCCCAGAAGCUUUCUUCCGAGGCUGAUGCCGAGGCAUUGGACUGAGGAGGUAAGGAGACUGGAGUUGAAGCUUUCGGCCCUCACCUCCAAUUUCGAGAACCAGCAGACGCAUCUCAGCAAACUGAAUGAUGAGGUGACUGCAUGGAAAGAGUUGGCGAAAAGGGAGGAGGCAAGAAGAGAAGAGAUCAUGAAAGAGAAAGAGUGCGUCCAGCAGUUUCUACAUAUGAAAAUAGAGGAACUGUCUAGGAAAUCGUUGGAGUGCACGAAGCUAUAUGAGAGGAGUUUGGUUUUGGCCAAGGAGCUUGCUGCCCUUAAACUGGCAACAGAUCUGAACUUGGAGGAGGAAGAGAUGGUGAAACUUGCAUCGCUUGGUCAUGGUGGCAACCAUGAGAAUGCAGUACAGGUUCUGAAGAGGUCCCUUGCCCUUCGCAAUAAGAGCUAUAAGGAACUGUUGGCUCAAUGCAACCUCUUAGGAAGGGCAGAGACUCGCAGUCAGAUGAAACUUGGUAAGGCUAAAGAAAAGAUAACAAAACUUCGAUUACGAUUGCAAGAGGUGGGGGCUCUUGAAGAAAAAGAGAAUGAAAUCCUGAGGAAUUUGAAGGCUUCAAAAAGAAUUAAAACUGAAGGGAUAAAUUUCAGUUGUGUCAAUGGGAACCUAAGUUAUCCAUGCACUGACAAUCAUUUAUUGGAAGAUCAAACUGAGAAGCCUGCUGAGCAUGACCCCCAUCAUUUUAAAGGAAGUGCCAAAGGUCCUGUACUCCAAAACAAUUUGAUUUCAUCUAGUUUCAAGGAUAACGACUAUGUAAUAGAUCUAGAUGCUGAUUCUAGCUUCCUUAUGGAUGAGGUUGCUCUUGAACCAUCUACAAACUUAUUUAAGCAUUCAACUCCUAUUUCUGUUGGCAAAAAUCAAGCUGAAUCUGACAAGAAUGAAGAUCUCCAUAAGUCAUCUAUGUCGGGGGAUGCUUAUCCUAAUAAACAGGCUUCCUCUACUUACAAGCAUAUCAGGCAUGAAUCCUGGACCUCAAGCAUUAAUAUCAAUAAUGAUGAGAAGGGUUCUCUGGAAAGAGUUGUAGAGAGAAAUGCAGCACAGAUACCUAAUACAGAGGCUUCCUCCACUUACAAGCGCAUUAGGCAUGAAUCCUGGAACUCAGGCAUUAAUAUGAAAAAUGACGAGAAGGGUUCUCUAGAAAAAGUUGUAGAUAGAAGUGGGACGCAGAUAGAAAGUUUGUCUCGGACUAAAGAAAUUUUGCUUAUUGAUGAUAUUGCCAGGCAAUCACCUUCAAUGGCAAUCAAAAGGGAAACUCAGGCUCAUGAUUCAGUUGCUUCCCCUGGUGAUGCAUGGUUUCCUGGUGGAAUCUUUGGUCCUGAAGGUGGCAACAGAAGUGUGGGGAAGUGGUGCAAGCAGGUUUCAAACGUUUCCUUGUAUCUUAGAAUGCAAGCAUCAAAGAGAAAUGAGGAUUUGAUUGCAGUUGGAGCUGAUGGGAGAGGUGGAAGGGUCAAAGUGCUGAGAGCUCAUGACCAGGUCAAUAAGUCACAAGCAUCACAGUCAAAGAAUUAUCAUGGAGCGAAACAAAGUGGUCAAUCUCAGAUUGAUCAUUUCUUUGGGAAGUCUGAAGGCUAAUUGUACAUUCACAGGAGAAAGUGGCCAUAGCAAAACCCUCAAGAGUUAAGAGAUUUAGAUUCGAGGUUUUAGAGACACUGAUUGGAGGACAACCGAAAUGGAGAUAAAUUUAUUACUCAGAUAAUCUCCGUCCUCACAGAAGGCAGUAGUAAACAGGUCAUAAUUUUACUGCAUAAUGUUUCUAUUUAUCAAACUCUGGUUUUUUGAACUCUGCACAACCUUAAGUGGCUAACUGGAAUGCUGAACCAAAGUAAACUUUUUCUGUUUUGGAGAACAAGUUAGAUAAAUCCAUGGACAUUCUUUUCUAA